GGGAACUGGGAAGAAGUCCACACGCUCACACUACCGCACAAGAAGGAUGCAAGACUUCAAGUUUGACACGAUGCCGUCCAACACCGCGGACCAAUCGCCGGACUCUGGCACCACCGGCAUGAGUUUGAAGGAUACUGAGUUGACCUUGGGCUUGCCUGGAGAGGCUCAGGUGGUCAUCGUCGGAGGGAAGAGCUGCUCCAAACGUGGAUACUCCGACACCGUUGAUUUCAGGUUCCGUUGCUGCAGCGGCGAGUCGAGCGCAAAGGCUGAGAAGGUUGAUUGGCCGGGAAAGGAGAUCUCCGGCCCCGGGAAAGCUCCGGACUCAAAGGCACAAGUGGUAGGGUGGCCACCAGUGAGAUCGGUAAGGAAGAAGGCGUUGAAGAGUUGCAAGUACGUGAAGGUGGCGGUGGAUGGAGCACCGUACCUGCGGAAAGUGGAUUUGGAGGUGCACCGUAGCUACCAGCAGCUGUUGAUGGCCUUGGAGACGAUGUUCGAUUGCUUCACCAUCAGUAGCAACGAUUUGGAAGAAAGCAAGAUCAUGAAUCCUGUAAAUGGAGCAGAAUACGUGCCAACAUACGAAGACAAAGACGGGGACUGGAUGUUAGUUGGAGACGUUCCUUGGAAUAUGUUUGUGGAAUCAUGCAAGCGGGUACGGUUGAUGAAAAGCUCAGAGGCUAUUGGGUUAGCACCAAGGACCCCUUCCUGCACAAGCACGACUUGAUUCAGAACCAAAUUACAGAGUCCAGGAAUUACAAAGGGCACGUAUAUAUAUAUAUAUAUGUAAAUGCACAGAGGUCAACCCCUAUUUUCCCAGUUGGGGAGGAAUGAGUAUACAUAUGGGAGCUACACCUGAAAAAUAGAAGAAGCCUGCUUGUAAUUAUCCUAAUAAAAGUAUUGUUUCAGAUACAGAUACAGAUACGGUUUUGAUUUGGAAUCCAUAUAUUGUCAUGCUUAUAAUUGGCUAGUAAUAAACAAAGCCUCAAGUUAAGUGUA